UCACGUGAUGCAUAAGAGUGGAGCAGCAUGGCGGACAUGCAUGUGGAGCUUCAAAACAAAUUUCACCGUUUGUUCAGCUAACCCCGCCGCCAGGAAACAUCGAUACCACGCGUGAAGCUGGGUCGGCGGUGCCCGAAUGGACAGCAGGAUGGACGAGGAGAAUAAACUUCAGUUUCCGUCUCUGCCUGCGACCAAGGAGGACCUUCUGGACUGGGCGUAUCCGAUGAGACGAGAAAUGCAGGAGAUUUUACCAGGACUGUUUUUAGGUCCCUACUCUGCUGCAAUGAAAAGCAAGCUGCCAAUUCUUGAAGGACACGGCAUAACGCAUAUCGUGUGCGUCCGCCAAGACAUUGAAGCCAAUUUUAUCAAACCUAAUUUUCCUCACAUGUUUAGGUAUCUUGUGUUAGAUCUUGCUGACAAUCCAGUGGAAAAUAUAAUCCGCUUUUUUCCUAUGACUAAAGAAUUCAUUGAUGGCUGCUUAGCGACAGAAGGAAAGGUACUGGUGCAUGGUAACGCAGGGAUAUCAAGAAGUGCUGCCUUAGUAUUGCAUAUCCUUUAUGGAAACGUUUGGCCAUGAAAAGACAGG